AUAACCCCCUUACCCCCCAUUUACCCGGCUUUGUGAAGCGAAGCAGCUAAUCAACCUUGAAACUAUGUAUCUAUCCAUACAUUAGUGCACUUAUACGGCAAUGCGAUAACCACGCAUCUCAAGCACUCUUUUCCAAGUAGGCAAUAGUCCGUAUUAACCAUGGAUAUUCUCGGGAUGCCUCUGCUUAGAACGGUACUCGCCGGAGGCACGAGGCUCGGCCGGUCCAUACGCCGACUCCAGACUAUAAAAUAUCUGGCGACCCCGCCGUUACCUUCAGUCCUGCUCCGACCUACUAAUCAUCUUAGAUUUCUUCAUUCUUCGCCUGCAACUACGUCGCCUACCAUGGACAAAUUCGAAACCGAACCGACCAGCAGCUGGCUUGGCCAUCGAGGUGCUGCUGCUUUUGACCUGAGAAGCGAUACUAUGACAACUCCAACUCAAGCUAUGUUAUUUGCUAUUCAGAAAACGACGUUACUAGAUGACGUGUUUCAAGAAGAUCCGACCACCACAGACCUCGAGGCGCACGUAGCCUCACUAACAGGCAAAGAAGCUGGUCUAUUUGUUCUCUCUGGUACGAUGGGGAAUCAAAUCGCUCUACGUACCUUGCUCACCCAGCCUCCCCACGGCGUGCUGACUGAUCACCGUUCUCACAUUAUCCAAUACGAAGCUGGAGGUGUUGCAUCUCUAUCCGGUGCCAUGAUCAAGGCCGUAGUGCCUAGUAACGGCAAUUACCUGACUCUAGAGGAUAUCCAAUCCAACGUCACACUCGGGGACGAAGUGCAUUCCUGCCCAACGCGCGUCAUCAGCCUCGAAAAUUCGCUAGCCGGCCUAGUCACACCCCUAGACGAGGUUCGCAGGAUCUCGGAGUUUGCGCGGGGGCACGGCAUACUUAUGCAUUGUGACGGUGCUAGGCUAUGGGAGGUAGUCGCCUCCGCCGGCGGGUCGCUGCAGGACUUCUGCCAAUACUUCGACACCGUUUCCCUGUGCUUCUCUAAGGGUCUAGGUGCUCCGAUCGGAAGUAUAAUCGUCGGCAGUAAGCCACUCAUAAAGCAUGCGAGAUGGGUGCGCAAAGCUCUCGGCGGCGGUCUGCGUCAAUCCGGUGUCGUUACGGCCGCGGCUAGGGUAGCAGUCGACGUGACCUUCGGGAAAGGACCCCACGGCGAGGGUGGACUACUACAAGACACGCACGCGACAGCCAAGCGCGUGGAGAAGAUGUGGACGGACCUAGGUGGCAAGGUGGAUGUUCCCGUCCAGACGAACAUGGUCUGGCUUGACUUACAAUCCUUAAACACCACACCGUCCAGGUUUGUCGAAUUAGGUCGACAAGCCGGCUUGAAACUGAAUGGUAAUCGUAUUAUAACACACUACCAGGUUGGCGAGGAAGCUCUCCAGAGAUUGGUUGGUGUCUUUGAGAAAAUCGCUGCUGAGAAAGGGGCUAGCCAUUCCGACGAACCCUGUGAGACGGCUGAAGGCCUGGGUCCUUACGGAAGUAAUCCUUAACGUGAUGGGACGGGCCGGAGAAGUUGUGCGAUCCUCGAUUAGCCUGAUUAC